UUCGCUCUUUGAACCUCUCUUCUACAUACAGCAGUGAACCAUCCAAACUGCUUCGGCACUGUACCCAGACACCACCGUCACCCUCUUUGCGUCGAACCAAACAAAACAAUAGACAUAUUUGUGGUAAGCUCGGAGAAAGGUUGAGGGGCCCAAUCGCCCAACGCACGGCACCGGGCUAAUAGCGGGGGUUCCCAGUUACGAAAGGCUUUGUGUACUCUGCAGGUCAAUAACACAUCCUAUCCCCUGCAGGAAAACCUCCGGGUCAUCCGUCUAUCCAAGCUGCAUACGCAUCAUUGUACCAUCACUGACUCGAUCAGCAACAGUCGACGUUGCCAUCACCAUCAACUCCCCUUCCACGCGAUCGUCCGCUCGACAUCAUAUGUCUUCCGCAUUGCCAUAGGCUCCAGGGCGAACAAGCAACACCCACGCGAUAUCCCCGCCCCUUCCCCGUACUCCUCUUCUCAUCCCCUUCACCUACCUCUUCUUGUCGUCAGCCAGCGCAUUUGAGGUGGUCUGUGGGGUGUGUGAACAUUUGUGGACGGGCCCGAGAACAAACCAAUCCCAUCUGUCGUCUUUAGUAGCUCAAAGGCUUGCGGGAGUGCGGCCCGAGGAAAGCGUUGAAGAUGCCGCAGGAUCCAGGCCGCUCUCAAGCAUCGGACUCUAGGGGUGCCAGCAGUAAGAAAAGAGGAGGCGGAAAUAGAUCUGAGCGCAUCCAUAGAGGUGGUCCCCUGGCCGGCGAGCAGCCUGGGAGCCUUUAUACCUCCUCGCAUCACCCUUCGUAUCGACCAUACCCCACUUCGCCUCAUCAACCGACCCCAUCGUAUCAAACGCAAGCCCCUCAGGGUCCGCCUAUACGACCUCCCUAUAGCUUGUCUUUACCCGUGCCCGAGGGUUCCCACCAAGGGUAUAGCUAUCCACCCCAUACAUACCUAUCGGCUGCUCAUGAGUACGUCAACCCGCAGACACGAACGGCUUUUCCUCAGAAUUCAGUCUACCCACCACCACGCUAUCUGUCGCCGUAUACCAGUAGACCAGGCUCCGUGCCACCGGCUCAGAGCACGGCCCAACACCGCUACACUGAACGACCAAUCACUCCCAGCGGCGGGCUUCCACCUCAAGGCCGGUCUUUGUCUGUAUCGCCCAUGGAAGAGAUGACAGAACGCUGGCAAGCGAUGCCCAGUUGCUCUCCUCUCAACAGUCGUGAUCAAAAGUCCACCAGCGAUACCGCGAGACCUUUCCCCUCACCCGGGAGCCCUCGUCUUGGGGCUUCAUCAGCGGCACAGCACGGCCAGCCUGUCAGGCAGAGUCCUGCCGAGUCAUACUCUGCUGGAGACAGCAGUGUUUCCGCCAGUCGCCCAGGGACUUCGGAAGGUCUACGUAUGGCAUUGGGGGGAGGUGCACCAUCUAGGCAGGCGUCGGAUGACCCUAUGCUAUCCUGGGACGAGGCUUCACAAGUCCCUUCAAGACCUGCUUCACCCCAGGGCAAGGCAAUUCGCAGAGGAGUGUUAAAGUCCAACGCCCCUUCUUUUCCCACAGAAGCUACCAAGGGGGAAUUUUCUGAUGAUCCCAUGGACAACGAUGAGCUAGACGUGGACCGCAAGUUGGACCACCGGAAGCGUAAAAGAAACAGAGUCAUUCGUAGCUGCGUCCAGUGCCAUACUCAUAAGCGCAAAUGCGACCGUAAACGACCUUGCGGCAGAUGCAUUGCUUUGGGCCUUACUGGGAAUUGCGUUUACGAGAUUGAUGAACAACGUGAUCCAAAUGAUCCGGAGGUAGCUGAGAGUGAUCGUUUGCGUCGGCGCGUUGCGGAGCUCGAGCAAGUAGUGCGCGAUCUGCGACAGAAACCCUCUGCGCGAGCUCCAGCACCUAGCAAAGCUGCCUCAACUCUAGACCAUGGCAGUGAUGGGGAAAACCGUCGCGUUAUCAUUGAUCGGUAUGCCCGCUUUCAGCUAGACGAAGCUCAGGCAGCGGACAACGUUUCUCGCCUAGGACAAAAUUUAGCUCCCGUCACUGUCAAAGCGGAAAGAUCGUCUCAAGAGGCAUCUGGUGGUGAUGAAGGCCCUUCAAGGACGCAAAAUGGCGCGGGUCACGAGAGUGAAAAGCAAGGCUCAGGAUCAGCGGAUUACAGGGCUGAGCCGUACACGGCCAACCUCCUUCCGGGUGACGAGAUCAUGCACGACACCAGUGGUAGGACGGUAUAUCUGGGCGCUUCUGCUGGUCAAUCAAUGCUUCGAAGUCUCAAAGAAUUGGCUUCCGCAAAAGGCGACAGCGGUCUUUUGGCUGUGCCCGAAGAUGGCGUGUAUUCAGGUGCUUUCCCGAAUCUCAGAAAGACCUUCCCCUUCACUACUAUCUGGAGUCACGAGAAUUUCUGUGGAGAAAUUAUAGGUCUUCUGCCUAACCAAGCUCAAUCUGAACUUCUCUGGGAGGAUUGGGCCAAUACUUAUGGCUCUUAUGUGAGCCCGUUCCACAUGCCGUCGCUCAAAGAGGAGUACAGCAGCUUUUUCGCCAAGCCGCCCGACGAAAAAAUGAGCGUCCCUUUGUCCGCCCUAGCUGUGUUUCUUACCAUUUGCGCCUUGGGAUGCUUAUCGAGAGCUACCGCCGCAGAAAUGUUCGGACAUCCGAAUCGUGCUCAAAGGACCCCUGAUGACCUCGGAGGUCCGGAUGUCAAGGAGCCCAAAGACUUGACUACAAGCCGUUUGCAGAGCGAGCUGUAUUUGUCGGCAGCAUAUCAGGCGCUUCGCCUUUGCUCGUUCAUGGCGAAUCCCACAGUUCAAGUGCUGCAAUGUCAGGUUCUUGUCCAAUUAUAUUUGCUUGUGAGCGAAAGAGCUGCAGAUGCGUGGGCCAUCGGCGGGAAUAUGAUCAAGCAAGCAACGGCGCUCGGGCUGCACAGAGACCCUCUGAGUCUCGACCCACAUGUAUCGGCACGCGAAGCUGAAGUAAAGCGGCGUGUAUGGUGGUCCGUGGCAUCUCUAGACGCCAUGCUCUCAAUCUUCUUCGGGCGUCCGAGCAGUAUCAACUUCUACACGACCAAUCUGCCGCAGGACAAAGCCGACGAGGAGCUUUCAGAAUCUCCGGGAAGUGCUCGAGAGUUAUCAACGUCCAAUGACUUGGACAGCAGAACAACAGACCAGACUUUCCACACCGCCUACUAUCAACUGACUAUACCGUCUUUCGAAUUUCUCGAUGGUAUCUUCUUUGUCGAUCUGCAAGCUAGCCGGGAGGCACUAUACAAGUGGUUCUCGCCUCCAUCGGACGCGCACAUGGCCUCUGAGGAGUCCCCCAAGCCCAAGCAUACAUACCGAGACGCACUGCGGCUAGCAGAGGACUUGCGGCGGUGGUACUCUCAUGUCCCCGACGGUCUUCGACUGGACGUCAACGACAGUGUAGAAGAUCUACACAAGUCAAGAAGUCGAAAGCGAUUGGGACAGACAUUAGCCUUGUGUAUCAAGACUUGGACUUUGACCUUGGUAAUCCAUCGCCCUUACCUCAGAGCAGAAGCCGACCCGGGCGCUUACCCGGAGUCCACCGCCUACUGCUCAGAAGCCGCCCAUAUGGUGUUGAAAGCAUACCGUGCAAUGGCCGAAGCUGAUAUUCCUCUUGUGUGGGCGGUCUGGUCAAUGUCAUACAGGGCCUUCCAAGCGGCUGCUGUCUGCGCAUUUCUAGCUUUGAGACAGCCCGGUACGGAGCUGGCUGCCAAGUGUAGAGAGGACCUACGAGGCGCCAAAGAGAUAUUUGCAGGGAGACUGUCAACCUGGUUCAGUUCCCAUCCUGUUCAGAGCGACCUCUGUCAAGGCAUCAUUCAACUCGACAAACUUGUGUCCUUGGCCAAUGAUCAACACCGUCGGUCGCCAGCUCCCAUCACCUCGUAUAACGGCAUGUCUCCCGCAAUGUUUGGAUUCUUUGAUGGUUCCCCAACCAAUGCUGGGAUUGGUGGUUCUCAGGUUGAACAGAAAGCGCCACCUACACCUCUCACAGACGUCCGGGCAUUUCAACGCCCUACCUCGUCUGCCCGACCACUCAACGCAGCAGACGCCUUCCAAAGGAAUCCAGCGCAGUUCCCAAGCGGGAUUGAUUAUGGUCUGCCCAGGUCUUCCCAAUAUAACGGCGGCUUCUACAAUAUGGCUCAAGCAGAUUCUAUUGCCACAUCUCUAUCUGGUGACUUCAACGGGCCCAGCCCUCUCGCGUUACCUGGGUUCUGGGCGUCGAUGUUUGGCAUCAAGAUGGACAAAGAUGGGGAUGAGGCCUCGCAAUCAGAAAUGGUUUGAUAGAUGGCCAGGCGCUAGCCGUCUUUUCUCUUCACCUCAUGACAUGAGUUUCGAUCGUCUUCGCGUACAUAGUAAUCGGGAUAGAGCCCGAGCCGUUUCAAUCUCUGUAUACACCAACGAAUUUGAUUUGUAUAUCACACGUCCAUACACCAACGAGACAACGACGAGAAAUGCAUACGAAAUGAAAGGAGUGUCG